CCAUGUCUAGAAUCUCCAAACUCUCAUGCAUGAUGUAGAUUGCCCAGCCUUUUUUCUGUCCACGUUUAAAUAGUUUAUUGUCAGUCUUUUGGUUCCCAUAAACCGAAUGACUUAAUAAACUAAUCGAUAUCUACUGAUAAUUGUAGGCAAGUCGACUGUCUAUUUACGAAUGGAAACGAAGCUUUCCUCACCUUCGCAUCGUCUAAGGCUGGCAAGAAGUUUCAAGGAAUAACCGGUUGCCCCGGUUUCUUUUUUUUUCUUUCUUUUUUUGUCUCAUUUGGUUCCAACGGCAACAGUUUGCAAAAUGUCAUCGUCACGACCUCCUUCAAUUACAACUGGCUCUCGGCCCUAUCACGACCACGCUCCACUAACACCAAGUAACCUCCGUCAAAGUCGCACCGUCUCAUCCUCCUCAAUGAGUGACGAUACACCAGGCCACCUCGCCGGCCCAAGUACGCGACACGAUCUUCCCGCCGACGAAACUACCGAGACCACCUCCCUGCUCCACAACGAUCACGCACACGAUGGCCCUUGCGACCACGGCACUUUUUCUCCUCGCGUUUCUAGUCCAUCGUCGAGAGGUGGUAUUUUCGAUGCCGAGAUAGGGUCGGUAGCGGAUUCGGAUGGCUCCGGCUCUGUACCGUCUAGUGAAACGCAGCUUAAAGGCAAUUGGAGGAAGACGUUUUCGAGUAGGGUAAAGAGCAAGAAGAUGGCGGACUCGAGCACCCUAGCACAACAACAUGGCGUCCAGGACUCGUGGGGGAUGUAUUUAUCAUACUACGUGCCGUUCCUGAUAUGGAUCAAGCAGUACAAGUGGUCGUGGCUGAAAGGUGACUUUACAGCUGCUGUUACCAUUGCUUCUAUGUACCUCCCUAUGGCUUUAUCGUACGCCGACAAUCUGGCCCACGUCCCUCCGAUAAACGGAUUAUAUUCCUUCGCUAUUAAUCCUUUCGUAUACGCAUUAUUAGGAAGUUGUCCGCUCAUGGUGGUCGGGCCCGAAGCAGCUGGUUCUUUGCUUAUCGGGUCUAUUAUAAAGAAUAGUAUUGAUCUCGGACGUGGCGAAGACGAUAAUGCUGUCUUGCAGGCGAAGGUGGCUGGUGUGGGUGUUGGUAUAGCUGGUGCUACCGUCUUCCUCAUGGGCGUAUUUCGUUUGGGAUUUCUUGAUAGCGUCCUAAGUCGACCCUUUCUACGUGGUUUCAUCUCGGCUAUCGGCGUGGUCAUCUUCAUCGACCAAUUGAUUCCCGUCUUAGGACUCCACCGAACUGCUAAGACUACGGAGGGUGUUACGCAUGGCAGUACGGUAGAGAAGCUGGAAUUUGUGUUGACGCAUCUCGGCGACCGACACCAUCUAACAGCUAUCGUUGGUGUUGUCGGGUUCGCAGUUAUUAUGGUGUUUCGUGAAAUUAAACGACGGCUGCAACCACGAUAUCCAGGCGUAGCUUACUUCCCUGAUCGGCUCAUCGUUGUUGUGUUCUCUGCAGUUCUAGCAUGGAAUCUAGACUGGGAAAAAAGUGGCGUCCCUGUACUUGGCAAAGUCGAAGCAGCGUCUGGUCACACUUUUACGUUUCGCAACCCCUUCCAGCUGUCGCAUAUGACUCAUAUUCGGGACGCUAUGGGUACGUCUUUUCUCAUUGGAAUGCUGGGUUUCUUCGAAUCUUCCGUCGCGGCCAAGAGUCUGGGCGGCGAGGAAAUAAUCGAAGGGAUGCAAUUAAGUCCUAAUAGAGAACUGGUGGCGCUUGGCGCAGCUAAUCUCGUCGGUGCUUGCUUUAUGGCAAUCCCGGCCUUCGGUGGUUAUGGUCGAAGCAAGGUGAACAAGAGCACCGGCGGGAAGAGCCCUAUGAGCUCUAUCAUGCUUAGCAUUAUUACCGUCAUAUGCAUCAUGUUCCUCUUACCAUGGUUCUAUUAUCUUCCCAAACCGAUCUUAUCAGCUCUGAUCAUGGCCGUCGCCUGGUCGCUGAUUGAAGAGGCGCCUCAUGAUAUAUCCUUCUUCGUUCGGAUCAAGGGUUGGACCGAGCUUUCCCUUAUGGCUGUCAUUUUAGCUGUUACAGUUUUCUUCUCCCUCAAUCUCGGCAUCGCAAUCGGCAUAGGUUUGUCUCUUCUUCAAGUUAUUCGCCAUGCGACGCGCCCUCGCAUACAGAUUCUAGGGAGGAUUCCCAAUAGCGAGCGUUUCGCCAAUGCUGAAGAACAUCCUGAGGACCUCGAGUUCGUAGAAGGCUGUUUGAUUGUAAAGAUUCCCGAACCUUUAACCUUCGCAAAUACCGGCGAAUUGAAGAAUAGAUUACGCCGGCUGGAGCUGUACGGCACAGGUAACGCGCAUCCUGCAUUACCUCGCCUACGCCCGCAGGCUAGUAACAAGAACGUCAUUUUUGACAUCCACGGCGUGACAUCAAUGGACGGCUCUGGUACCCAGGUACUAGAAGAAAUCGUGCGGAACUAUCGCGAUCGAGGCGUCAGGGUAUUCUUCAGCCGGCCCGUCAGCCGGGAUAAUAAAGUAUGGGAUCUAUUAGAGCGGAGCGGUAUCGUACAACUCGUCGGAGGGAGGCACCGCUUUGUGGAUGAUGUCAAGGAUGCUCUACGUAUGACGGAAGUCGAAGACUUUGAAGAGACUGGAGCCUGUGCGGUCGCUAGCGAUAAUCUCUCCUAGGUAGAGGGAAUUGCGCACGACGAAUGAAUUGUAAGGUUAUUGGAGUUCCGCAACCCAAGUUUCGGUGUACGCUUUCGUCACGAGCGCCACCUAUGGAAAACAAGUCUUGGAAACCGCCCAUGAUACGACGAGAAUACCAUGAUUACGCCGGUACGAAAGUAUAUGAGAAGCUAAGGAUAAAUGUCUAUCCUUCCUAGUAGCGCCGUUCUGGAAACGAUCAUUAUGCCGGAGUAUACGACAUCCCAUGUUUAUUGUAUGCUGUUCUAUUCCCGGCGGCGUGUUCAUAAAUCUAGCUGUCGGUGGAUCCUAAAUUGGUAAUGUCUUUGAGAUGAUACAAGCAUAGCAUAGCACCAGGAGCAUCAAUGUUGGCGUUCUGGAUACUCAGAUUCAUAGAAAUAGCAUAGCUAAAGUUAGGUUUGGUUUUUUAUUUUUGCGAUGAGUUUUAUCUUGCCAGGUAUAUGGGUACGAAGUUGUCCGCGAAAUGCCUCAAACCGCCAAUCCGCCAUCCCGCCAAAAAAAAAACCACCUUAGAAAACAGUAGCUCAGGUGGAUGGAUAUCUUUAUUGCUCAAUCCCCUAUGAAAAUAGAGGACUUGGCACCUUUCAGCGCC